AAGCCUCAGCACAGCUCCUUCGCCAUUCCUCGAGCAACAGCGCUGAGAGCAGUGCCUGUAACACACAUUCAGGACAGCAAGAGCGCUUUUGCAUGCAAGUACCAGACCUGUUCUCCUUAAAAACAGCCUAGAAUAGCUGCAAGCAAAUGUCUCAACAGGAUUUUGUUGCAUUUACGGCUGCAGCGAGUGUUCGUUUUUAAGCUAGUCUCGGUGGAACGCAGGGAUUACACACGGCCGGAACCUUUCCCGGUGCCGCCCCGCCGCUAUGGCGGCCCGUCCGCUCUGGAGGAUGCUCGGAGGGAUGCCCGGGAGGAUGCUCGGAGGGAUGCCCGGGGGGAUGCUCGGAGGGAUGCCCGGGAGCAUGCUCGGGGGGAUGCUCAGGAGCCGCCCCCUGCGCUCCCCGCUGCCGAGCGCCGGCCGCGCUGCGCACAGAGACACAGACACAGAUCCCCUCACUAAAAAAGCUCACGCAGCUGCUGCUACUGACUGGAAAAAAAAAUUGACUCCGGAGCAAUUCUAUGUGACACGAGAAAAAGGAACAGAACCGCCAUUCAGUGGGAUCUAUCUGAAUAACACAGAAUCAGGAAUAUACUGCUGUGUGUGCUGCAAUGCCCCCCUCUUCAGCUCAGAGAAGAAGUACAAUUCUGGCACUGGAUGGCCAUCUUUUUCUGAGGCUUAUGGUACUUGUGGCAGAGAUGAAAGUAACACCAAUAUUGUGAGACGACCAGACAACUCCCUGGGGUUAAGAAGAACUGAAGUUGUCUGCAAACAGUGUGAUGCCCAUCUAGGCCAUGUGUUUGAUGAUGGACCCACACCUUCUGGGCAGAGGUUCUGUAUCAACAGUAUUUCAUUAAACUUCAAACCAGGCUCUGGUCAGUGACAAGUGGCUCUCUCUGGCUCCCAGAACAUUCUUUCUCUGCUCCUACACCAUGCUUGUGGAAAACUCUCAUGCUUUUAAUAUAUAACUCAAAUUUUAGUAUUUAUGCUGUAGUAGCUUUGUUUCCCAGUUGUUAUCAUUGUUGAUAAAAUACAUAUUUUUGUUUUAACUCUUUGGCAGUCUGUCUUUUCAUGGUUAGUGUGGUGUGUUGAUCUGCUUAUUGUAUUUUUAAUUAAAAAAAAAUCUAUGCAAUAGUUCACAUUUGCAGCUAUCGUCAUUAUUUGUAUUGAGGCUGUGAAAUGAGGUGCUCUCCUGAACCUGACUGCCUGUUCUGGGCAGUAGUUGUGGCACUCAGGAGCGCACAGAUGGACAUGGCUGACCAUGGUAAACUUAUACUUCUAUAAAAUCAUCAUAUCCUUCUCAAGGGAAGCAAAAAUAACGUGAAUCUUCAAAUAAGGUCUGAGGGUUUUUUUCCCCUGAUGUGAGAGACCCUUAGCUGAGCCAAGUGACUUUUCAGUGAACCCAUAAAAGCAAAGUCCUGAAGGAGGACCUAAUUAAAAAUGUUUCAGGUGAUGGAACCAGUGGAGAUAUGAAGUCUUUCUUCUUUUAAAUCAAUUAUUUUGAUUCUGUAUCCAAUAGCAGAGUUGAAAGGGGGUUUGCUCCAGAAACUUCUCUUACAGCAAUUAAAUUAUAAUAAUGUAUUGAUAUGUGGAAUAUUUGCAGACUUCUGUUAUCACUUAGGUAUUUCAGAAUUCAAAAAUAAAAAUCAAUAUGGAAUUUACUGUAUUUGGGGGAAAUAAAUCAACAUUAAAAAACCAGGCUUGGUAAAGCGUUGCUUUUGAUGCCUUGUCUGUUCUUCCUUGUACAAGUUUGUAAAUACUUCUGCAGUCUCCCAAGCAUUGUCAUUAUGGUUUGCCCUAAAAGCAAAAUAAAUCCUAUGUAUGUUAAAUUGA